AUGAGUUUUACUGGCCUCUUGGUCUUCGCCAACGAACCAUGUCUACGAUUUAGCUCUUCUAAGAGAGUGGAUCUGCAAGGUAUUCGAGGAAUUGCGAUCUCAUAUGUCCUAAUUAUGCACAUUAGGCCGCAGCUAUUUCGGAUCGGCUUUAUAGGAGUGGACAUGUUUUUCGUACUAUCUGGUUUCCUGAUGACUAAAAUUCUUCGCGAGAAAGAAUUUUCACUUACGUCUAUUCGGAUUUUCUACUCACGCAGGUUCAAACGGAUCAUUCCUCUCUAUAUACUGGUUGUGGUCGCUACGUACAUAUACGGUUACUUCUAUCUCCUAUAUCCUGAUCGCAAGCAGUUACUCGACGAUCUCCAAUGGGUAUGCACGUUCUCAUCAAAUUUGCAACCGUUGUUUCAAAAACUGGGCUACUGGGACCAGGUAACCUUUUGCUUUUAUAUACGUUUAUUUACUUUCGGUGUAGUUCGGCCAGAAAACGAUGAACUAUUCGGUCUCAAAGCGUAUCAAACAACGGCGCAGUUGUUGCUGCUUACAUGA